AUGUCUGAAUCUCAAAAGCUAGAAGAACGCUUGCGACUACUGGAAAAUGACCUCAGGCUCCAGAAAUCAAAACUCGUCGAGAAGCUUGCCCGCAAACAUGUCCAGAAGGCACCAAAAACAGCAGCAAAAAGAACGGCAAACGUACUGAAACACGAUCCCGACUUUGCCAUCAAGGUUAGAGCACUCAAACAGGCCGCCAAGCUUAAAAAACGCCUCUACAAACACAUCUACGCUAACCAGGUCAAAUUCCCCUACAAAAACCGCAUCCGCAUCAACAACCUCGAAUUUGUCUCCACAAACAAGGGAGCCACAUUGGCCCUCGUAUCCUCUAAAUUUUUAGACUCAAAUAAACAGCUUACAUCGCUCGAUGAUUUGAAAACAACACUCACAUACAAUGGCCACAGAUAUAUCAAGACGCUGGACGGGGAUUACAUCAUGCAAAAUCCGCAGUUCUCUGACGAAAAACAGUUUUGUAUGUACUACACUCGCAGCGGAACAUGCUCUAACAAAAACUGUCCCUUUGUCCACUCGCCUACACACGUCGCAUUGUGUCCAAACGUGAUCCAAAAUAAAGAUCGCACUUGCAAAAAACCUAACUGCCAAUAUUCCCACACGCCGUCGCAGUACAACGCCCCAUCUUGCAAGUUCUUCCAGUCGCACAAUUGCACCAACGAAAAUUGCGUCUUCUCUCAUAAAUCGGAGAAUAAAGACUCCAGAAUAUGUAGAGAAUUUGCUGUGAACGGCUACUGCGACAGGGGACGAGCUUGUGAGCUGGCACACUACUUCGAAUGCCCGGACCUCCAGGAGCUGGGCUUUUGUCCACGAGGCAGCUCGUGCAAACUGGCCCACAAAACCAAGGUACAACCAACGAAUCAUAAAGCCAUUAGAAACAUAGAUAAUGAUAACGUGACACAGAAGGAUCAUCCAUUGCUAGCAGCCAUACAGGAUAGCAGCUCCGAAGAGUCGGAUAUCGAACAAACCCAAACGUCAGACCUCGACAUGAAUCACGAUUAUGUACAAAUUGCGUAA